AUGCUCAGCUAUCUUGCCGCGCAUGCACUUGUGCGGCAAUUCUUCAUUGCAAGCGACGCCCUGCAAGCCUUCGAUUCGGUGCCAGCGCUGGUCGACUUUUUGUGUGACCGCAUCAGAACUGCGUCGCAAGGAAAUGACGAGUGGCAACGUUGCGCUCGAGCACUCCACGAACUUCUCAGAUCGCCCGAUUUCCAACCGACGGAUGGUUCGCCGAUUCACAGGUCUCUGACGCGUCUGCUGGAGGUUCUACCGCAGCGUUUCUCAAAAUCGCUCGCGCGAGAGACUGGGUGGGCAUUCACUCUGGUCGUUGAUGUUCUUGGCAAGCUUCCCCAGAGUGAUGUAACCAACGUUGCUGCAAACACUGCUGCCAUGUGGUGGACGUCCUCUGAAGCGCAGGACGCCGUCGAGGAUGUGCUGAAGGUGGCUAUUGUCGCUGCCCUGGAGCUGACGCUGCUGCGACCCGAACUGCGCGAACAGCUGCGGGAGAAGGUUUCUUCGCUGGCCGAGCUCUCCAAGAAACCCAAUUUGCAAGCGGCCGUCCUCGAGCUACUCGCCAUUCUUUGCUACGAUUCGGCUGAGGCGCAAGAAGCAAUGACACCCGUGACCGAGCAGCUGCUUGGGCCGUUGCUCAAACCAGAUCUCCGCCAUCUCGGCGCGGCAUUCCGCAAGACAAGGUCUGAUGAGCAGCCUCCGGCAACAACUCUUUCACUACCUCCCCUGCUUCAAAAGUUCUCCAGCAACAACCGCCAAAAGCAAGCGAGCUUCAAAGUGUCUGCUGCACUCAAGCUCCUCGAGCGGCUUGCCUACAUUGUUCCGGCUGGCACAUCAACACUCGAUGAUGCGUCCUCGACGGUCAACGCUUCUGAUGAGCUCUUUGACGCAGCUUCUCGGUGGAACGGCCAGGGGUCGUUUGCCGAGGCGUCUGGACAGUUGUGCUGGAGGGUUCGUAAUAUCGGUGAGCGUACCUCGCAGCUGACCAACUCGCUGGACAGUGUGUUGGAUGCACUCAAUCACGCCACGAUUGAGCAACCUUCCGCUUCGCCAGCUACUGCGACAGGAUCAUCUGGAAACCUUUUCGUCCUCCGCCCUGGCUUGCGCGCUUUGGCUAACAUUUUGUACGCCAACCCUCCCGCUCAGCAAUACGUCAAAGCGGGUGACGGUCUGCAAGUGGUGCAGAACGUUCUUGAACUGAUGAAGCGCUCAGAGUCUACGCGCGACCAUGAGUGGACGCGCAUUGUGGUGGCUUGUUCUGACGUUGUUGGCAACUUGCUGUUCGGCGAUGCCUUGGCCCAAGGCUCAGAGACUGUUUCGAGGAUCGUUUCGACAUUGCUGCAGCUGCUUUCCCAACUUUCUCUGAAAGACGGAGCCGUGGUUGUCAAAAACGUCUGUGUCAGCACCCUUCUCAGCGCGACAGCGCGCGUAAGGCUGCUGGGCCGCUCCUCGCUCGCCAAUCUUCGCAACUGGUUGCAUCGCCGAGCGCAUGUGGCUCCAAAGCAAGAAGCGACCACUGCGGCGUCGUCCCUUUCUCUUGUACUUCUUGCGACGCUGAAGGACGCCGCACAGGAGCGAGAUUGGCUCACAGAGUGGGUCAUGGCCGCAUCAGCAUCAUUGGACGUUUUCGUCGCUUCCGCGCCCUUGCAAGGUGAUCGGGACAUUGUUGUGACAGAUGCUUUGAUGCGCGGAUGUGAGGCGCAGCUGUCACAAGAGCAGUGCAAACCUCUUUUUCCCAAGUUUGUUCGAUCGCGAUGGGUACCGCCGUCUCCCCCGCCGUCCGUCGUUGGCCUCGAGGGACAGAAUGACGCCCACGACGACGAUGAUGAUGCCACCGAAAUUCGACGAUCUGCUGGCAGCAUCCUGCACGAGCUCUCCUCAGAAGCACUACGCGUCAUGGACGAGCUUUGCCGCUCCGGUCUCAAGGCUACACUUGCUGCGCCCUUCGCGAGGAAUCUCUGUGAAGGCGAUUGGUACGAGCGCGAGACACGCGGUUUUCACGUUUCUCGUUUCGUCCAGACGAGCGUUGAGGCGGAUUCAUCCCCCGUGCUUUCGAGUGACAUGGAAGCUGCCAGAGCUGCUGUCGUUCCGGAUUUGGAUGCCAUGGGCAUUGCCGUCGAGACCCUCGCUCAGGCUUUCCGCGAAGUGCGCCUUGCAACGCCUCUCCUUCAAGCCGAUCUGGCCGAGUGGCUUUCCGCCUCGCUGGCGAGCUCGCCGUCGCUCUUGCUUCGCGAGGGCGUAUUCAACACCAUCGAGCUGUAUGGCAACUCGCGCGCUCCGGUGGCGGCUCCAUUACUUGGUAGCGGGGCCACAAAUACUUGGCUGCCUCUGACGAUUCCUUCUUCUGAAGGCAGGGAAACGCUCAAUGUGAGUGGCUACAAUUAUGAUGGCUCUCUGCGUGACUUCCAGCGCUACUGGGCUGGUCAUCCUUUAGCUGAGCUCUUUGACCGCCUUGGCGGAGACACUGGUCCUGACUGUGAGGAGCUCUGGUACCACGCCACCACGCAAACUAAUGCAGCAAGCAUUUUGCACGGUCGCUUCGACCUUAACGAAUGCCGAUCAGGGCUCACCUUUUCAAGAGAACAGGCGGCGUAUUUCAAUCCCAGCUACCGUGACGCCAUUGUGUACUCCUCCGACACACACCUCCAACCGUCGCCUGCGCUUCUCAUUUAUCGUGCAACGCGCGCGCAAAUGGCUGCCGUGGGAGAGGUGCGUGUGUUGGCGGAUGGACGGGAGUGGAGCGACUACAUUCGACUCGUCUUCCCUCGCACUCGCCGCCCCUUGCCAUCUUUUGUGGCCCCGCCGUUCGUGAUUGGCGCACAGUUGCAAAAUCGCUUGAGACUGGCUCGUGAGGAACCUACGCCUCGCACAGACGGUGGUAUGAUCCAGCAUCUACUAGCAAUCACGACGGACGCCGCAAUGGACUUUUUCGAGCGAAAACUUGUUGCUGUGAUGUAUUUGGGAUACCGCUAG